CCAUUUGUUCUUGAAUAAUAUCCGAGUUACUUGUACCCAUGAAGAACUCAGCCAACAUUGGCUUUGCAUGGUUAAUAACCAUCUCAAUGCUGUGUUUGCUUGCAAAUUCUCAGCUAACAACAAAUUUCUACUCAAAGUCAUGUCCUAAUCUUCUCACCGUUGUACGUAAACAAGUGAUGAACGCGAUUAAAACUGAAACAAGAAUGGCAGCUUCUUUGCUUCGGCUUCACUUCCACGAUUGCUUUGUGAAUGGUUGUGAUGCAUCGGUUUUACUGGAUGGAAGCGAAGGAGAGAAGACUGCUUUACCGAACCUCAAUUCUGCUAGGGGAUAUGAGGUGGUGGAUGCGAUUAAAAGCGCUGUGGAGAGCUCAUGCAGUGGAGUAGUUUCAUGUGCUGACAUUCUGGCUAUAGCUGCCCGUGAUUCAGUUCUCUUGAGUGGAGGACCAUCAUGGAGGGUCUUACUAGGAAGAAGGGAUGGACUAGUGGCGAACAAGACGGGAGCUAAUUUAUCACUACCUGCUCCCUUUGAGUCCAUUGGUAACAUCACGCUCAAGUUUCAAGCCGUAGGUCUUAAUCUCACAGAUGUCGUCUCCCUAUCAGGUGCGCAUACGUUUGGAUUUGCAAGCUGUGCCACAUUCGGAAACAGAUUAUUCAACUUCUCAGAAACAAAUGCUCCCGAUAGUACAUUAUUGGACCCCAGCAUGGUAUCCGACCUUCAGAACUUAUGCCCAGCCAACGGAGAUAUCAGCCGGAUCACACCUCUUGACUGGAACUCCACAGACCUGUUCGACAACCAUUACUUCCAAAACUUGGUGAAUGGAAGGGGACUUCUGGAAUCUGAUCAAUUCCUAUAUUCCAGUGAUCAGGCAAUCUCAACUACCCGAAGCAUCGUUGAGCUUUACAGCCAAAACCCACAGCUCUUCUUCAUCGACUUCGCCAAUUCCAUGAUCAAAAUGGGGAACAUACAACCCCUCAUUGGCUCGGCCGGAGAGAUUCGCAACAACUGCAGGGUUAUUAAUUCAUAAUUUUGUUAUCAAUCUCAUUCCUGAAGAAGACAAGCUGUUAUGGUUUAAGAUUAUGUACAAUCACAAGUUAUAUCCAGUAAGCCCUGUAGGAUCCAAAUGUAAAUUUAUGAAUAAAUGAACUAUAUCUUUCACUUAA